UUGCCAGAAAUUUGUCCGCCAUCAAAUAGUGGCUGUGCCCAUUUGGUUGGAUAUAAGGCUGUAUAUCGCAUGGGUCUUGCUGUGACAUCUUUCUACUUCCUACUUAUGCUUUUAACAAUGUGUGUACCCUCUAGUAACCAUUGGCGAGCCAGUAUUCAGAAUGGGUAAUUUGAUAAGUUUAUUUCUAAAAUUAAUUUUAUUAAUGAGGGAAAACUCACUUUUUAGAUUUAGAAAAUACAGAUUGUGAACAAAUUGUGUGCUUCCAAUUAUUAAGACGAUGAUAUCAGGAUUUAAAUGCAAAGCAAUGUUAAUUAUUAACUGACUUAGGACUUUGAAGGUAUUGCUUUCCUUUUAGAGUCUGUCUAAUGGCUGUGAAAUCAAGGGUGGUGGGUGGUGUGGCUGUGGAAUCAAGGGUGGUGUGGCUGUAGAAUCAAGGGUGAUGGGUGGUGUGGCUGUGGAAUCGAGGGUGUUGUUUGGUGUGGCUGUGGAAUCGAGGGUGGUGUGGCUGUGGAAUCAAGGGUGUUGUUUGGUGUGGCUGUGGAAUCAAGGGUGGUGUGGCUGUGGAAUCAAGGAUGGUGGGUGGUGUGUCUGUGGAAUCAAGGGUGUUGUUUGGUGUGGCUGUGGAAUCAAGGGUUUCUGGGUGCUGUGGCUGUGGAAUCAAGGGUGUUGUUUGGUGUGGCUGUGGAAUCAAGGGUGCUGAGUGGUGUGGCUGUGGAUCAAGGGUGCUGGGUGGUGUCUAAAGUUAUUAAAGCAAUACUGAUGAUUCUACAUAAUGGGAGUAGCCCCCCUUCAUCCACCCACCCAUUCCCAUUACAACUCCCCCAUCAUUCCUCUUUUAUUUUUUUCUGUAGGUAAAUGUUUUGAUAAAAAUAUACCUAGUAAUUUUCCAUGAUAUUCAGUUAUAAAAUAACACUCAGAAUUAUAUGGAUUAUAGUGUGUGGCCUUUCUAAUUUGCCUUUAUUUACACACAUUUUUUGUAUCAGUUGUAAACAACUUUCCAAUGGACCAGUUCUACUCUAAUCAUAUACACUCAUGUCAUAAAACAGAUACUGGCUGUUCAAGUUUAUUGUUCUCAGUGGAUUCUGUGUGGCAACAUUUUUUGUGCCUAAUGACUUUAACAUAUGUAAGUAAUUCUAUAACUUUCAAAUCUCCCUUUUCUGUGUGGGAUAAUAGUCAAAUUAUAAUGUGACACAAUGACUCAUAGGUUAAAUUAAUACAUCAUGAUAUUUAAAUAAAAAAAGGUCAGAUCGUUAUUGAGACUGCUCAUGUAUGUAAUCUAAAAAUAAGGCAUGUAAUAACAUUAAUUCUUGUUUCUUUUUUAUUAUUAUUAUUAUUGUUUUUCCCUCACACGUGACGGUGACCAAGGCUUUGACUUAAGCAAUAGCCUUGACCUGAGCUGUACUUUGUUAAAAGUGAAGACCACUUUUUUUCUUCUCUUCUACAGAUUGGAUGUAUGUGGGUAUGGUGGGUGGGUCCAUGUUCAUCAUAUUACAACUGAUUUUGUUAGUGGAUUUCACUCAUGCUUGGCAUGCAUCAUGGUAAUACUGACAACAAUUUCUUAUAUUGUUAAAUCUGUACCGUUGUGCUGAUUAUAAUAAAUACGACUGAAAUAAGACUUGUAGAGUCAUUAGAAACAAUUUUUUAAAAGCUCCAAUAAAGGAUGUUAAGCUCAGGGUAACAAAUUUCCUCCAGCAAAAACAUGGGAUUUAAUAUAAUAAAAUAAAAAAAUACUUUACAAGAAAUGAGAUAAAACUGAAGUCAUAAGAGUUUAAAAAGAAUUUAGUUAGCACGGUAGAAUAAGACCAUACUGUUAUUGAGCUCUCAUAUUAUUGUGAACUGAUUAAUUUUGGAUUCUCUGCGUGUAUCAUUUUAGGGUUGGAAGAAGACAAGGACAAAGAAACAAAUGUGGUAUAUUUGGUAAGUUUUGACUUUUAUUAAUUCUUAUUAAGAAGAAAGUUCCUAUGUUACAAAGUUAUUAAAUAUUCACUAUAAGUUGUAUGUGUUUUGAAUGAGCUUUGUAUGUGUAAAAAAUAUGAAAUAUUGUGUAAUAUUAAUAUUGAGAUCUUCUAAACCAAGGGGUCUCCAAACUACGGCCCGCGGGCCGCUCUCAUGCGGCCCACGGAGACCUUUUUGUCUACGGAAAAAUUUACGGAAAUUUACGUGUAGCCUGCCAAAAUCAGACAGAGUAUUUAAGUUAAGAAAGUAAAUAGGUGACAUCCUGGAAAGUAAAGGCAAGCCACAGCCAUUAGUGUCUGAUGAAGAGUGGGUUUGGAAAAUGGUCUUUGCUGCAGACAUAACUAGUCAUUUAAAUUUUCUGAACCUAAAACUACAAGGAGAGGAAAAUCUAGUUUCUGAUCUAUAAAACCCUCCUAAAGGCCUUCAGAUCCAAAUUCGUCUUUUUUUUUGGAACAAGUACAGGCCAACAACUUGACACACUGUCAGCAGUGCAAGGUCUCCACGUCAUUUAUGUAUGCGAAAUCAUCAAAGACCUCCAGCUGCAGUUUCAGCAGCGGUUUUCUGACUUGGGUUCAAAGGCAGAAGAAGUGAGACUGUUUCAAAACCCAUUUGAAGCAGAUGUGGCCAGUCGCCCAGAUGAACUGCACCUGGAAGUCAUUGAGUUGCAAGCAAAUGACCUCCUUGGGGACAAGUUAAAAGAAGGACCGGUGGGUUUUCGCCCAAAGGUAGACUUUCCUAAUUUCAAAACUUUUGCAUCAAUGUUAAUUUUUUAAACUUUGGAACAACAUGCCUGUGUGAACAAAUAUUUUCAAGAACGAAAUAUGUGAAGAACAAUUUGAGAACAAAUUUGUCCGAUGAUAAUCUCAGGUCACUGUUGAUGUUAGGGACAUCAAAUCUAAAUCCAGAAAUGUCUGCUAAUCACUGCCAUUUUGGCAUCCAGGAAUCAAUUUCACCAUUCCCACUAAUACAGGUGUUAAUGUUGUAGUGUAUCAAUGUGUUAUUAAAUAAUAACUGAAUGAAAUAGUAAUACAUAAAUAAUUAAAAACAACAUUCAUGUUUUGAUUCUUUUUUAUUUGGACCUCGAGUGUGCAGUCGGUCCCCGAACUGCUGUUUGAUAGUUAAUGCGGCCCUCGGGCUGAAAAGUUUGGAGACCCCUGUUCUUAACCAUUUCAUCUUUACGUUUGCCUUGCAUUUGAACAGAACUUUAGGUUUAAAAAAUAAUUUAUUUUCUGUUCCAUAAUACUGAAGUGUUUUUCAAUAAAAUAGUAACGCCAGGCAUAAAAAUGUGAUGCAUAAUUCAAAAAUAUAUUUCAAAACAAAGACUUCUAAAAAAAGGUUAAUAAAACUCAGGUUUUAAUAUGUUGAUGAGAGAUAACUAGUAACUGGUAAUUUCAUCUCUUUAGGAGUAACUUCAUCAGGAUAGUUUAUUCAAGUUUAUCUAGUUUCUCUUCUUAAAGUGGUUUAUCAAAUAUCAUUUAUGCAUGUUAAAAUGUAUCACUGGAAGCCAAAAUAAGCCCUUUAUUAAGUUGAUUGUCAUUUGAUUACAACAGGGACCGUUGUGGUUUCAUUGCUGCUGUUUUCACUGGCUGUUGUCGGGACAAUCUUUUUGUUUAUUCAUUAUGGAACUGAAGGAUGCACCACAAACCACAUUUUUCUGGGCAUCAAUAUAGGAUUGUGUUUUCUGCUGACUUUUCUUACAGUGUUGCCUUACACUAAAAAGAGUGAGUUGUGGUUAUGCAUUUUAUAUUUAAAAUAACAGUGAAUUAUAGAAGAAUUAUAGACGAAACUAGCAAGUUUUAUUAAGUUUUUAAAACUGGAUUUUGUUGUAACAUUAACUGGUUGACUACCAUAAUCCACUGGAAGCACCAAACGUUCCUUUUAUCAUUGCCAUUAGCCGCUGUGAGCGUCACAAUUUGUUUCAUAGUAUAGCUAGUGAUAUAUUUAUAUUCUUACUUUCUUUUUAACUUAUUUUAAUUUAAUGAUGGGAAGACAAAAGGGACAGUCAGAAUGUAAAACAAAGAAUGUAUUUUGUCAUAUUUAUCAUAUUUUGAGGAUAGUUAGCUGGUAUUUUUUCAUGGCAACUAGGGCUAAGGUUAACAAAAGCCUACAUAAUGAAAAUGUGUUGGAGAUCUGUUUAUUUCAUUGCUGUUUUGUAUAAAUUUGGAAACCUCUAGCCUUUUCUAAUUUGGUGCAGUAAAUGUGAUUACAUAACUAAUAAAGUCUAAAUAGUAAUUAAAUAUUUUGUAAAUUCAAAACUUGAAAGUUAGUUAGCACAUUUUUAUAAUUUUUGAAUGCUUUAACUUGAAAAUAAUAAUUUAACAAUAUUAACAAAAAUGUGUUUUGAAUUUAUCAUAAAGAAAAUUUAUUUAUCUACAAAAUGGUAUUUUACACAUAAAAUAUGUUAAUAAUUUUUAAAAUGGCAACUGAAUUUGUACAUACACCUGCAUGUUUGAAAAUGUGGCCUACAUUUAAUUCAGCCACAUACAGCUUUUUCAAACUUUUUCUAUUAUUAUGAAAAUCCAUUUUAUUGAAGUUGUUUGUAAGUUAAACUUGAUAGAUUUCAGAUAAAUUUAAAUGUCUGUUAAACCAUUGGUCCAUAAUUUAAUGAUUGAAUGAAGUAUUCAACAAAUAUUGUAAACUUAUUUUUAUAAGCUAUUUAAAAUUCUGCAAGAAUACUUUUUUUUUUUAAAGGAAAUCCAAAUACUGGGUUACUUCAGGCAUCAGUUAUAUGUCUCUAUGUUGUUUACCUGACAUGGUCCGGACUGACAAGUGAACCAGUAGAAAAGAGUAUGUAUGUCUUUAUUCAUACAUAUUUAACAUAUCUCUAUGAAUUCCUUCUUUUGUUAGUAUUUUUUUUUUAAUUGCUUAAAACAUAAUUAUCCUGGUACCUUAAUUUCAUAUUAUCAUAAUAAAGUGUCUGUGCUUUGUUUUGUAGAGAAAGUAUGGCAUCUAAAAUUGUACUACUUUAUGAUUCUGUGAAAAUUUCUUUGUAGUUCAAAGUUUGCUGGACACAUUCAAGACCGGAAAACUUGCGUUGACUUCUAACGUUGCUGGUUCUUCUCUGGCUACCCAAAAGGCUGUGAGUACCCCUGCUCAAAUUAUUGAAGAAGAAAAGUUCAAUUAUACAUACAAGUGUCGACCUGAUCCUGCCUUCCCUGAAAGUGAUCGAAUAGCUGCUUAUGCUGGCCUUGUAAUUAUGUUUGGGAUGGCAGUCUAUGGGAGGUAAUAGCAAAGAUAGUUACCACCAUUUUAAUAUUAAUUUUUUUUGUAUGUGUUUGGUGUACUCUAAAAGAGAAAUGGGAUAAUAUAGAUCUGACUGUAACUGCCUGAGCUACGGGUCUUUUGACGAACAAUGCAUGCAAAUUUUAGUCUUAAAACGUGGUGCACCUGGGUGGCCCAGCGAUCUAAACUGUCUCAAACCAAAAAGCUGGUGGUCUGGAGUUCAAUCCCCACCAAAGCCAACAUUCCAAGCACCCCGGGUGGAUGGGACUCGUUAGCUUUGAUCAGCAACUCAUCUAAGAGAAGGCAAACUCUGAAUUUAAACCAGGAGCCAGAAUGAUCAACAAAUUGAUCGUGGGCCCCUCAAAUAUAAGAAGGAGAAAAAGAAAUGAUAUAGAGUCUACUAAAAUAUUUACUAAAAUUUUAAUUUUUAUGUUUUUAAAAAAAAUUUUUGUCAUCAUUAUAUUUUAAAGAUUAUGUUUGCCAUUUCUUGGUAUUUCAGUUCAUUACAAAAAGAAAAAUGACCUUUCUUUGUCUUUAUAUAUCAGACAGGGAUAUUGAGAAAGAAACAAUAUUAACCUUAAAAAUAAGUAUUUGUAAAAAUUUUGAGGACACAGAAUACAAAAUAAAACUUGUGGGAUUUUUGAAGUUACACAAACUUUCCUUCCUUUAUUUUAGUGUGCGCACAUCCCAUGAAGCUCACAAGUUGGGUGUCAGAACUGUAAGUUGGGAUAUUGUACUAACUAAAUAUUUACUCAACUGACUUCAUUCAAGAUACUUUUUAAAAAAUUGCUGCACUAAAUAAUCGAUAUUACCAUCUGCAUCAGAGUGAAUUUUGCUAGCAGCAUGACUUUGCUAGCAGCAUGACUUCUCAAAUAUUUUAUUAUUACUGCAAUGAAAUUACAUACAUUUUGAUAAGUCAUGUGCCUUUUGUUAAGUCAGUUACAUUUUGUGAUCGUGGCUAUCAUUAGAUUUAUCAUUAACAACACGUCUUUAACGAUUUGUCAUUAAUGACAUGUUUUUAAUGAUUUGUCAUUAGCAACAUGUCUUCAACGAUUUGUCAUUGGCAACAUGACUUUAACAGUUUGUCAUAAGUGACAUGUCUUUAACAGUUUGUCACUAGUGAAAUGUCUUUAACAGUUUUUCAUAAGUGACAUGUCUUUAACUAUAAUAAAAUGAGUAAAACAGAGUAGGGUUAAACCUGAAAAAAUAAAAGCAACAAAACAGCCAACAUGUCGGCAGAAAGCCUUCGUCAGCGAACAAUACAACAGAAAAAACGGUAUAAAAAUAAAAAUAAGAAAUAGCACUUAGCUGGUAAGUAGUAUCUGUGGGCAGCAAUAGAAGUGUGGCAGAAGGAAAAUGAGUGAGAGUUUAAAUAUGCAGCGUCGAAAAAAAGGGGGAGAAAAAAGUUCACUGUGAUAGGUCAGAACGUGGAGGGGCGGAGCUAGGGUCACUCUCUGAUGACGAAAGGUCGCUACUUUCUAAGGGUCUCAAAUUUAUUCCUCUGAAACCAUCUUGCGACCGAUAUCAACUUCUUUCGGAUUCCCACCGCUACUUUCGUUCCUUGAGGCUUCAGUUUCACUUCGGUGGGAAAAGUACCGACCUCCCCGAAGACGAGAUUUUUCCAUUUCAUAGGGAACGCAAAUCUACUUGGACACCACCUUCUAAUCAAUCUAAAGCUUUAGACUUAUAUAUAAAGAGCACGGAACAUGACAUCAAGAACCUCUCUUUACCUCCACUCCGGAAAUCCAAUCUUUCUAAAAGAGAAUCACUCGCACUCUCUAAGCUGCGCAGUCGGAAAGAUAUCGUCAUCAAACCAGCUGAUAAGGGGGGAGCUGUUGUGGUGUGGGACAGAGAUCUGUACAUCAAGGAGGCUCAUAGGCAACUAGAAGACAGCCAGUUCUACCAACCGAGGACCAACAACCCUAUCACCAAACAUAACGACAUGGUGAAAGGGACUAUCAAGAAAAUGAUUGCAGAAUCAGCGCUCCCCAAAUCGGCCUCUGCCCUACACAUCUUCGAUAGUGACCUCGGUAAGCCAUGCUUCUACCUACUUCCCAAAAUUCAUAAGUAUGGUAACCCUGGCAGACCCAUUGUCUCAGCAUGCUCUUGCCCCACCGAACAUAUCUCGGAAUUCCUUGAUGGAGUUUUUCAACCCAUCGUUGCCUCACUGCCUACUUACAUUAAGGACACCAACCAUGCUCUUCAAACCUUUGAAUCCAUCAUAAUCCCUCCUGAAAAGAAACAUCAUCUAUUUCUUCUUGAUGUAUGUUCUCUAUACACUUCCAUCCCCCACACUGACGGUCUCUUAGCUCUCAAAUUCUUUCUCGAGACCAGACCCCACCCAUCUAUACCCACCAACACCCUCCUCAGAUUGGCUGAACUAGUCCUCACCCUCAAUUCGUUUGAGUUUGGUGGCCAAUUCUUCGGCCAAAUCAGUGUGAGUUUGGUGGCCAAUUCUUCGGCCAAAUCAGUAGUGUUGCUAUGGGGACUAAAAUGGGACCCAGCUAUGCUUGCUUGUUCAUGGGGCAUUUCAAACACAUGGUCGAAAGCAGCUAUACUGGACACCUCCCUGAAUUCUAUAAGAGGUACAUAGAUGAUGGUAUAGGGGUCACCACUAUGGAGAGGAGUGAACUUGACCUGUUCAUUAACUUUGUAGGCUCCUUUCACCCCUCCAUUAAAUUCACAUCUCUUAUCUCUGAGACCUCAGUCAAUUUCUUAGACGUUACAGUCACUCUUCACAAAGACACCCUACUCACCUCUGCUUACUUUAAGCCCACUGACAGCCACGGCUAUCUACUCUACUCUUCAUCCCACCCUAAAUCCUGUAAGGACUCUAUUCCUUUCUCUCAAUUACUUUGUCUUCAUCAACUUUGUUGGUCGGAUGAGGACUUUUGGGACAAGGCACUUGAAAUGAUAGACUUUUUCCUGUGUAGGUCUUACCCGGAGACAGUACUUUCAUCAGCCCUCCAAAGGGUUAAGAAUAUUACACGUGCUGAUGCCUUCAGGCCACGUCUGAGCGACAAUGUUGACAGGACAAAACUCCUUUUAACUUAUCACCCUCACAAUCUGAUUGCUAAACAUGUUUUCCUUAAACAUCGAUCUAUACUACUCGCAGACACCGACACACGAGAAAAAAUCUGAGAGACCUCCUUGUAUGCAGUCGUAUCAAUGCUCCCCCCUCCCUUUUUGGGAACAAGCCGUGUGGACGCGGUCGUUGCAACACGUGCCCUUUUGUCGUCCAGACUCAACACAUACGUUUCCCCAAGGGCAGUUUUCAGAUACGCGACGGUUUCCUAUGUACAAGCCGCAACGUUAUCUACGCCAUUGUCUGCACCCGGUGUCAGAUGACAUACAUAGGGGAGACUGGACGCCGUCACUCAGACAGGUGUACUGAACACCUCCGAAACAUUACACAAGAUAAACAGUGUCCCGUCUCCAAACACUUCAAUAGUAGCGACCACCAGGGCAAGGCGGACUUUUCAAUAAGUGCGAGUGUGGCUAGCACGAACACCGCCAGCCGGGUCAAUUUGGAACACAGACUUAUCCUGACUUACGGCACUUUGACGCCAGAUGGGAUUAAUGUUAUGUCUCUGUUCACCGCUUGACCCUAGCUCCGCCCCUCCACGUUCUGACCUAUCACAGUGAACUUUUUUCUCCCCCUUUUUUUCGCCGCUGCAUAUUUAAACUCUCACUCAUUUUCCUUCUGCCAUACUUCUAUUGCUGCCCACAGAUACUACUAACUAGCUAAGUGCUAUUUCUUAUUUUUAUUUUUAUACAGUUUUUUCUUUUGUAUUGUUCGCUGACGAAGGCUUUCUGCCGACACGUUCGCUGUUUUGUUGCGUUUAUUUUUUCAGGUUUAACCCUACUCUGUUUUACUCAUUUUAUUUUGUACUAACCUGAUUGCAGUCUCUCCCCUUAUUACCUCUUUAACCAUAAGUAACAUCUGAUGCUCUUCAUUCACAGGAGGGAAAAUCAUGUUUUUGUUGCUUGCUCACAAAAAGUAAGUUUCAUUGGCUAUAAAACAUUACCCUAUGACAAUAUAUCUGUAAACAAUGCAAUAUUUAUUCCAGUAAAUUUACUUGAAUAUAAAUCAAUUUACCAGCAAUUUCAUAUUACAUGUAAUAAUAAUAUUUCAAUGUGACAUUGCCCCCCAGGAGACAACCCAUCUCUCCAUGGCGGUCAGAAGGUCAUACAGAAUGAAGCACAGGGUGUGAUCUACUCGUAUUCUUUUUUUCAUUUUGUAUUUUGCCUGGCUGCUCUCUACAUGAUGAUGCAACUAACCAACUGGUACAUGUAA